ACUCAAACAACUGCAACCCAAAUCAAGCCCCACCCAGCCCAACCCCAAGGAAACAGCCGCCCUCCCUUCCUCCACACCCAUUUUCUCUCCUCAUUUCCACCCAAACAGAAGGCAACUCACCCAAAAACUAAGAGAGAGAAAAUUCACCAAUUUCCCCCAAUUCAAUUUCCAGAUCAAUUCAUCGAUUCACCAUCUUCAACAAUCAGGGCGUGACCUAAGAUCCAGAACACAAUUCAAUCAAUCAAUCAAUCAUGUGGCGAAGACUUGUUUUCUCUCACCUCAAAACCCUUUCUUCUUCUUCCGCCAUUGUUAAACCUUCAUUUUCUUCUCUUUCUCAUCGUCUUCCUGCUGCUUCCUCCGCUGUUAGAUCCUCUUCAUUUCUUCUCUCUCGUCGCCAUUUCUCCGCUGAAGCCGAGGUUUCAAAGCCUAAGGUUGAAGAUGUAAUGCCCAUUGCUACUGGCCAUGAGCGUGAAGAGCUUGAAGCUGAGCUGCAGGGGAAGGAUAUUCUGGAGAUUAACCACCCUUCGGGUCCUUUCGGCACCAAGGAAAAUCCAGCUAUUGUUAAGUCUGUCUUUGACAAAAGAAUUGUUGGAUGUCCAGGUGGCGAAGGAGAGGAUGAACAUGAUGUUGUCUGGUUUUGGCUCGAGAAAGACAAGCCAUAUGAGUGUCCAGUCUGCACACAAUACUUCCAGUUGGAAGUUGUUGGCGAUGGCGGUGACCCCGAAGGGCAUGAUGAAGAUGAAGGCGAACACCACCACCACCAUUGAUUGUAGUUUACGAUUUUAGUGACAUAAUAAGAUCUGGUGAGACAAUGAGACAAGUUCUGUGAAACUUCUGCUGCUGCUUUCCAAUUGAAAAGCUAAAAAGCUUGUUUGUUUUUUGAUGGUACCUUAGACGGAUGCUUGUUGGUAACAAUUUAGCCCGCUGCUCUAUUUUUGAGAGAAAUACGAAAAAGUUGUUUCUUUACCAUUGAGCUGGUAAUUGGAAGUAUAACUUUCAUUCAUGGUCUUUGUUGCUUGGGCGAAUAAUCCAUUGAUCCUUUUGCUGCAUCACUCGAAGAAAAUCCAGUUUGAAAA